CACUGAAAUGAGCGCCGAGACGCUCGUUGUCGCACCGUCGAGUUUGUUAGCCGCCGAACUCGCAAAAUAUAAUGCGGGGUGAGGCUUUAAAAUAUAUUACGCUAAAGUAAAAAUGUAAAAGUGAUUUAGCGAUCGCCUAUAUUUGUAACAUUCUAAUAUUGUGUCUAUUGUAAUGUCAGUGAUUCAGCUAUGGAGAUCGACUGUGCUUUAACUUCUCACAGAAAUAACCAAAGAAUUGUUUAUUAUGGAUCAGUCUGUCGUAUGCUCCGGACUGCAGUAUGAGCUUCCAGAAUCUGACAAAAAUCAUUUGUGGUCUGUGCAACCUGCUUAUGCGGGAUGCGCAUGGCAAAGUACGCUUAGUGCGACAGCGACCGCGAUGAGUACUGUGGGGGCAGGGGGUGCCAACCCGGCACAGGCGGGGGCCCGCACGCCUAGUGCCCCCAAGCGGCCGAUAAGACGUGGAAAACCACCCCCAGAUAGGCCACAACGUGCCCUCUUCUGCCUGUCGCUCAAAAACCCCGUCAGAAAGCUCUGCAUUGACGUUGUUGAGUGGAAACCGUUUGAGUACCUAAUUUUACUUACAAUAUUUGCCAACUGUGUUGCCUUAGCUGUGUACACUCCCUUUCCCUGUGGCGAUUCUAACUCUACAAACGCGUAUUUGGAAAAGAUCGAAUAUGUAUUUUUAGUAAUUUUCACAAUUGAAUGUGUUAUGAAAGUAAUAGCGUAUGGUUUUAUAAUGCACGCAGGUGCUUAUUUGAGAAAUGGAUGGAACUUGUUAGAUUUUACUAUAGUGGUAAUAGGAACAAUAAGUACAGUUUUACAACAUCUUACAAAAGACACUUUUGAUGUAAAAGCCUUAAGGGCUUUUCGCGUUUUACGACCUUUGAGGCUCGUUUCAGGUGUUCCAAGUCUACAAGUUGUGUUAAAUUCGAUACUUCGUGCCAUGGUGCCUUUAUUACACAUUGCUUUGUUGGUAUUGUUCGUUAUAAUUAUAUAUGCAAUUAUUGGGUUAGAACUAUUCUCAGGGGAAAUGCAUAGGACGUGUUUUAAUAACGAAACAAAAAGUAUGAUGGAUGAUCCAUCACCAUGUGGCGAUGGAUAUAACUGUACAGAAUUAACAGGAACGUGGUACUGUGAUUAUUAUUUUGAUGGUCCGCAUAAUGGAAUUACGAUAUUUGACAACUUUGGACUUUCUAUGUUAACCGUUUUUCAAUGUAUCACGUUAGAAGGCUGGACCGAAGUGCUUUAUUACAUUCAAGAUGCUAUGGGAAGAACGUGGCAAUGGAUAUAUUUUGUAUCCAUGGUGAUUUUAGGAGCGUUUUUUGUUAUGAACUUAAUUCUUGGUGUAUUAAGCGGAGAGUUUUCCAAAGAAAGAGAGAAAGCAAAAGCGAGAGGCGAUUUUCACAAACUUAGGGAAAAACAACAGUUUGAUGAAGAUCUUAAAGGUUAUUUAGAUUGGAUAACACAAGCUGAAGAUAUUGAACCUGAAAGAGAAGAUCAAAUUAAUCAGGAUAUUAAAGUCAAAGUCAAUAAUGAAAUGGAGUCAACAGAUCAGUUAGGAGAAGAAGUAGAAGUUCAACAGGAAUCUCGAUUUAGAAAACGUAAAAAAGAUUUUGAACGUAUAAAUCGCAGAAUGAGACGAGCGUGUCGAAAAGCUGUUAAAUCUCAAGCAUUUUAUUGGUUGAUUAUCGUUUUAGUGUUUUUAAAUACCCUCGUUUUAGCCACAGAACAUUACAAGCAACCGGAUUGGUUGGAUGAAUUUCAAGAAAAAACAAACAUGUUUUUCAUAGCGCUUUUUACUUUAGAAAUGUUGUUGAAAAUGUAUAGCCUCGGUUUUCAGGGCUAUUUCGUUUCAUUAUUUAAUCGAUUUGAUUGUUUCGUUGUUAUUGGUAGUAUUACUGAAACUAUCUUGACCAAAACUGAAGUUAUGCCUCCACUUGGCAUUUCCGUUUUACGAUGUGUUCGGUUACUUAGGGUUUUUAAAGUAACAAAAUAUUGGCGAUCGUUAUCAAAUUUAGUAGCGUCUUUGUUAAAUUCCAUACAAUCUAUUGCGUCACUUUUACUUUUGUUGUUUCUUUUCAUUGUUAUAUUUGCAUUACUGGGGAUGCAAGUGUUUGGGGGAAGAUUUAAUUUUAACGUUAAUAAGGACAAGCCCAGGCACAACUUUGACAGCUUUUGGCAAAGCUUGUUAACUGUCUUUCAGAUAUUAACCGGUGAAGACUGGAAUGUUGUUAUGUAUGAUGGUAUACAAGCUUAUGGUGGAGUUAAAACGAUAGGAGCAUUAGCUUGUAUAUAUUUCAUAAUCUUAUUUAUUUGCGGUAAUUAUAUAUUGUUAAACGUUUUCUUGGCUAUUGCUGUUGAUAAUUUAGCUGACGCUGAAUCGCUCACAGCCAUCGAAAAAGAGGAAGAAGAAGAAGAGGCAGAAAAAAAUAAAUCUAAAAGUCCCACUCCGGCUCAGGAGGACCUUGAUAUGGACGAGCGUAGUAUAGACGAGGAGGAAAUGGAAGACGGUCAAAUGUAUGAUUCGGAAAGAUCGGAAAGAGACGAAGAAACAGAAUCGCGCGAUAAGCGACAGAAUGACGAAGAUGAAGUUGAUGAGGAAGAAGAUGAUGAGGAAGGGUACGCGGAGGAAGAGGAAGAACAGGCAGACAGCCAGGAUUUGGAGAAUGACGAAGGCGAAGUAACUGCCAGACCUAGGCGUAUGUCCGAAAUGAAAUCCAGUUCUAAGAAGUUACCAAUACCUCCAGCGACGUCAUUCUUCAUUUUCUCUCCUACAAACAGGUUUCGCAUAUUCUGCCACUGGCUCUGCAAUCAUUCCUGGUUUGGUAAUAUUAUACUAGCCUGUAUUUUAAUAUCAUCGGCCUUACUAGUGAUGGAAGAUCCAUUGCAAUCCAGCACUGAGACGACUUUAGGAAGGGCACUUCAAUAUUCAGAUUACUUCUUUACCGCUAUAUUUGUAUUGGAAUUAAUGCUCAAAACUAUCGCGUACGGAUGUAUUUUACACGAGGGAGCUUUCUUCAGAUCUGCCUUCAACGUUUUGGAUUUGGUAGUAGUAUGUGUGUCAUUGGUAUCUAUUAUCCAAAGAGAUGGGCUAUCUGUCGUUAAGAUACUCAGAGUGCUGCGUGUGUUACGACCGUUGCGGGCAAUUAAUAGAGCUAAGGGACUUAAGCGUGUAGUCCAGUGUGUGAUAGUUGCGGUAAAGACCAUCGGCAACAUUGUAUUGGUCACCUGCCUCCUUGAGUUCAUGUUUGCGGUAAUAGGAGUCCAGUUGUUCAAGGGGAAAUUUUAUAAAUGCACUGAUGAUUCCAAGCUAACCCUUGCGGAUUGCAAAGGAACUUACAUUGUUUACGAAGAAGGAAACAUUGACGCUCCGCAAAUAAAAGAGCGUGAGUGGGAACCAGAAAAAUUCCAUUUUGACAAUGUGGCAAAAGCUAUGUUGACAUUAUUCACUGUUUCAACAUUUGAAGGGUGGCCAAAUCUUCUUUACGUCUCCAUUGACUCCAAAGACGAAAACUUUGGAAGAAUUCACAAUUACCGCCCAAUUGUUGCUAUAUAUUAUAUAGUUUAUAUAAUUAUAAUUGCGUUCUUCAUGGUUAAUAUAUUCGUUGGUUUUGUUAUUGUUACAUUCCAAAAUGAAGGUGAACAAGAAUACAAGUGCUAUCUAGAAAAGAAUCAAAGAAACUGUAUAGAAUUUGCUCUAAAAGCGAAGCCAGUUCGAAGAUACAUUCCCAAGCAUCGCAUUCAAUACAAAGUGUGGUGGUUCGUAACGUCAAGACCGUUCGAGUAUACUAUUUUUGUCCUUAUAUUAAUUAACACAAUAACGUUAGCCAUGAAGUUUCACAGACAACCAGAUUUUUAUUCCACCGCCCUAGAUAUCCUUAAUAUGAUUUUUACGUCGGCAUUUGCGUUGGAAUUUGUGUUUAAAUUAGCCGCGUUUCGGUUUAAGAAUUAUUUUGGUGACGCUUGGAACGUUUUUGAUUUUAUCAUUGUUCUUGGAAGUUUUAUUGACAUUAUAUAUUCAGAAGUUAAAGUAAGUGAUUGUAGAAAAUGUCCUGGUUCGUUAACAGUUGCUUACACUGGAUCUGGUUUGAUUUCAAUAAAUUUUUUUCGGUUAUUUCGGGUAAUGCGACUUGUAAAGUUGUUAAGUAGAGGAGAAGGCAUCAGAACACUACUAUGGACUUUCCUGAAAUCAUUUCAGGCAUUGCCUUAUGUUGCCUUGCUGAUUGUAAUGUUGUUUUUUAUAUACGCUGUGAUUGGAAUGCAGAUGUUUGGGAAAAUCGAUCGCAAUGGUGACGGUGAAAUAAAUCGGAACAAUAACUUUUCCACGUUUUUUCAAGCUUUGUUGGUCUUAUUUCGAUCAGCAACAGGCGAAGCGUGGCAAGAAAUAAUGAUGUCUUGUGCAGCUACGGACAAAGUUAAAUGCGACCCCGUCGUGAGAAAUGACACUAAAAAUGACACUACUUGUGGCUUCGAUAUUGCCUACCCGUAUUUUAUUUCUUUUUAUGUGUUGUGUUCGUUUUUGAUUAUAAAUUUGUUCGUGGCCGUUAUCAUGGAUAAUUUUGAUUAUUUAACUCGAGAUUGGUCCAUACUCGGCCCACAUCACUUAGAAGAGUUUAUAAGGCUGUGGAGCGAAUACGAUCCUGAUGCCAAAGGCAGAAUAAAACACUUGGACGUUGUUACUCUUUUAAGAAAGAUCUCUCCUCCUCUUGGUUUUGGUAAACUAUGUCCACAUCGGGUAGCUUGCAAACGUUUAGUUUCUAUGAACAUGCCGUUAAAUAGUGACGGGACUGUAUUAUUUAAUGCAACUCUAUUUGCUGUAGUACGUACAUCUCUGCGAAUUAAGACUGAAGGAAACAUAGAUGACGCAAAUGCAGAGCUACGAUCCGUUAUUAAAAAAAUUUGGAAACGUACAAGUCCAAAGUUGUUGGAUCAGGUGGUUCCUCCCCCUGGAGUUGAAGAUGAAGUUACAGUCGGAAAGUUCUACGCAACUUUUCUCAUUCAAGAUUACUUCAGAAGAUUUAAAAAGCGCAAAGAGCAAGAGAUGAAAGAUCAAGGGGAUAAAGAGUCUCAUAACACAGUUACCCUACAAGCGGGUUUACGAACAUUACAUGAAGCGGGACCUGAACUCAAGCGUGCUAUUUCCGGAAAUUUAGAUGAACUAAUAGAUGACAAUCCCGAACCUAUGCAUAGACGAAAUCAUUCUUUGUUUGGUAGCGUGUGGUCGUCAAUGCGAAGAGGACACAGUUUUAACAGAACGAAAUCUCUAAAAGUUGCGUCAACACAGAUCAAAAUAUCACCAGCUUCGAGCGGGGAUUUUCUUCCAUAUAAUUCAAUUCAAAAGGGAAUAACUGAGGGGAUGAAUCACAUUACGCCAAUUGUAAAAAAUGCCGUAUUUCAAAACAGAGCAAGCGUAACGUCGUUGCACAAUCAAGAAGGAUUAAAAGACGAAGAGUCCAUUCCGCUCAGGUCGCUUAGUAACGUUUUUACUAACGACGCCGAUAAAAAGAGUUUUGAAGUUAUCGGUCUGCAGGAUGACCACACUGAGUUGUUGCCACCGACGCCACCACCGCGCCGCGUACGGCUGGGUCUAGGGGGCGGUUGCAUGACGGCCUCGCCAUCGCCUGUGCAACACGCACCCAGCUUUAGUCGUAUCGCAAGUGGCCUGAAACUCGCACAAGCACAAGCUAUGGCAGUUGCAGGCUUCUUGCCGGAGCCAAACGACUGGCCUAGCUCGCUGCAACCCUUGGAAGCGGAUGGAAAUUCCCGCCAUGCACGUUGCUAUCUUCUUAAUCACAGGGCUUCCUUCCACGGCCGAGCGCCGCACAGCGAACCAAAUGGACACGCGGGUCCCGAACGCCUUUCACAUUCCUUACCUGGAAGUCCCGCUGAUCGAAGACCGACACCUUUUGAGGUAGUGGGUUCUGCAGAAAGUUUGGUAGGUAGAGUACUAGCGGAACAAGGUUUGGGCAAAUACUGUGAUCCCGACUUUGUGCGAUACACGUCAAAGGAAAUGCAAGAAGCUCUCGACAUGACACAAGAAGAAAUGGAUCGCGCGGCUCAUCAUCUCUUACAGCAAGAACGGCGAAUAAAUGUACAAACGUUGGACGCUUUACAAUCGCAGUUAUAGCAAAUUGCGACGUGUCAUCCCUAAGUGGUCCCUCCCUUUUCCCUCGACCUAACAACCAAGUGCCUAAUUCACUCUGGUCCAAAGAAGACUAAGUAAAUAAUUUUGUGUAGUUUUUUAACCUGGAAUUUAUUUGAAGGAUUGUUUUUCCAGUUAGAAGUCCAAUUGUACAGGGUGUGAGAACAAAUACAAAAAUGCAAUUUUGUAAUAUCAAAUGUGUCAAAACUAUUACUUACAAAAUAAAAUAAUCGUACAUUUCAUUUA